CGACUGAAGAAGAGACUAAGCAGUUGUAAAGUCAAAACCUGUGUUCGAAGAUCCUGAAGUUCAAUUCCAGUUUAAGAUUCACUUCUAUGAUUCCAGUCAUCUUCUAGAUUGUUUGCUGCCAUGGAACAAGUGGAUCCACCGAAGGAUGAUGCAACAUCAUCUGAGAGUCUUGGAGAGCAGAGAGAAAAAACUGUUCCAGAUGUAAAUUCUGCAGGCGACCAAUGCAGCAAAGAAUCGGAUGGCAAUGAAGGAAAGGAGGAAACAGCCAAGAUCCCAAACUCCAAAGAAGAGGACCCAGCCCUUCCAUCAACUUCGACUGGAGAGGAGGGAAUGACUGCCGAUUCAAGUUCCCAUGACGACCCAGAAGGCAAUGCUGAUGAGAAGAUGGAAGAGAGUAAAGAUACUGAUGACAAGAUUGAGGAGAGGCAAGGUACUGAUGACAAAGGUGCAAAGCAGGUUGACGGUGAUGAUCAGCUGGAGGAGGGGGAGGAUCGCAACAAUGAACAUCCGGGACGUGAGCCUCGUGAUGCUGAAUUCACAUCAGAAAUAUUCAAAAUCAUGCUGAGGAAUCUGCCAACAAGAUUUGGGUUUCAGCAACUACGGAAGAUGCUGAGUGGCCUUAACCUGAAGCCAAAGAAGAUUAAAUCCUUGAAUCAAAAGGACUAUGCGUUUAUUACUUUUUCAUGUGAAGAGGACAGACAAAAAGCAAUGGAGGUUCUGAACCAGCACACAUGGAAAGGAAGAAAAUUGUCAACAAAGCUUGCGAGACCGAAUGAGGAUCCUAUGGUGGCUCUCAAACGCAAACAAGAGAGUCAAGGAGGUGGAGGGAAAAGGGCUCGAGAUGAUCAGAACACUGAUGAGGAUCUCCCCAUAGAAGAGAGAUUAAACAAUGCAGUCACUCCUCUCUGGAAACAAGACUACCAGCAGCAGCUCAAGGAGAAGCAGCAAAUCAAAGAAGAUUUGUUAAGGAAACUUGCCAUCUCGUUUGUCAAUGAUAUCCCAGCAAUUCGUAGUCACAUCAGUGAACAAAGAGAGAAACAUGGUGGCUUGUGUUGCCCUCUAGAAGACGUCAAACCAUCGCCUGUAGUGACAGGUUAUCGGAACAAGUGUGAAUUUUCAAUAGGGAAGAAUCCUGAAGGAGAAGAAAAGACUGUUGGAUUCCGUCUCGGUUUAUACAGAGGCGGUCAGAUAUCGGUGGUGAAUCCAGCCGCCUGCCUCAACGUACCGGAAAAUUCCAAGGCUGUCGUCCAGUCCUUCCAGACCUACAUUAGACAGUCCAGUCUUCCUGCGUAUGACCCCAUGACCCACGGAGGUCACUGGAAGAUGCUGACGGUCAGAACGACCCAAGGGUCAGGGAUCAUGGCCAUGGUGACCUUCCAUCGCCAGUCUCUGUCCAAGGAGGAUGUUGAGAAAGAAAAGCAGGAGCUUGCUGAUUACUUUGGAGAAGGGGAAGGAAAGUCUUGUGGUGUGACGUCUCUGUUUGUUCAUGUUCAGUGGCAAGGUGAUAAGAAUGCCAUCAAGUUUGAUCAUAUCUAUGGAGAACGGUAUAUCACUGAGGAACUACUGCAACUGAAGUUCAGAAUCUCGCCCGAAGCUUUCUUCCAAGUAAACACGCCAGCAGCUGAACUACUGUACACAACAAUAGGUGACUGGGCUCAAGUCACUAAAAUUACAACACUUCUAGAUAUCUGCUGUGGCACAGGAACAAUUGGAAUUUCUCUUGCUAAGAGAGUAGAGAAAGUGAUUGGGGUAGAAAUGAAUGAACAGGCCAUUGAAGAUGCUAAGGAGAAUGCUGCAAUAAAUGGUGUAGAUAAUGUAACAUUCCACUGUGGCAAGGCAGAGGACCUACUCCCAGGUAUCACCAACAGGCUCCAUAGCUGUCUAGAUGUGGUGGGAAUCGUGGACCCACCAAGGGCAGGAUUACAUCAACGGGUUGUCCAGGCAAUGAGAAGGUGUCCAAAGUUAAAUCGUCUUAUUUAUGUAUCGUGUGAUGCAAAGCAAGCCUCCAACAACUUCUUGAAUUUGUGCAGAUCAAUGUCGAAGAAGCAGAAAGGAGUUCCGUUUACAUUAGUCAAGGCGAUCCCAGUCGAUCUGUUCCCACAUACCAGCCACUGUGAACUGGUCCUACUUUUCGAGAGGAACCUCAAUAAAAAGAGUGAAGCCAGCAGCAACAAUGAUGGAUCAUCUACAUAG